AUGGCCUCGGUCUCUGUUUAUGAUGCAGUCAUUCCCACCUUCAUUAAGGGUCUCAAGACGUUCGACCAUAUCCUGACCAAAGCCGAAGAACACGCCAAGGCCAAUGGAGUCGAUGUGAACACCUACGCCGAGGCCCGUAUCAUCGAAGACCAGCUACCACUCACCUUCCAGGUUCAAAACGCUACCAAGACAGUCAAGACCAACCUUGUCCGUUUGACCGGUGUGGAACUGGAGCCUUCUGAGAACACGGAGAAGACAGUCGCGGACCUCCACAAGCGCAUCCAAGAAACGCUCGAUCUGCUCAGCAAGGUCGAUGCAGCGACCGUAAACGCCAAGGGCGAUGAUGAGGUUGACUUGCCUAUCUUCGGUGGAAAGACAUUGAAGCUCUCAGCUAAGGCGGCGUCCUUGAACCAUGGAAUUCCCAACUUCUUCUUUCACCUUAACGCGGGAUAUGCCAUCCUCAGAGCGAAGGGUGUGCCGGUCGGAAAGGCUGACUACCUUGGUAGCUUUGUUCUUCCUUAA